CCUGAUAAGGAGGUUCGUAAAUACAUAGAACGGGAAGCUGAGAUACAGGGGAUUCAACUCUGAUAUAGGACGGAGCCAUGAGUUUUAGAUCCUACCAUUGAUCGCGUUACUAGCAACAUACCUAGGUUAGGUUCUUCAUAGACCAAGUUAUGUACUCAUAGUAUUUAUUUGUAUUUCUACUACACAUGUAUUGCCUAUACCAAAAUCAUAGGUACGUAGUACGUAGUACGUUGUAGAGUAAGGCAAUAAUUAAAGCCAAAUGGCUUGUCUCUACUUUAUCGUUCUCUCAACGAGGUCUCUAUACAUGGUUUUCACGUCAUCCACGUCCGCCCGCAGCUCCUCCACCAGUUCGCUUUUCUCCCCAAGCAUCUCCAAUGUGGUUUGGUAUCUUUCGUUGAUAGACGCCACCUCCAACUCCAGUUCCUCUACCUUUUUCCUGGCCCCCUUUUCGGCCUCGGCCUCUUUCAUUAAUGCAACGAUCUCCCCGCGGGCCUCGUCCCGCUGGCUUGAGAUUCUAGCGAGUUCCUCUUUGGCCGACACUUUCUCGCUCUCCAAUCGGCGAAUCACAGCGCUCAUUCUCUCAACCAGUUGCACUGAUGGCCCAGCUGUCAUUGUUGACACCGACAUCAUAUCUUGCAAAAUAUUAUGUGGAGAAGCGGGAGUCUCCAGGUUCUCAAACACGUCAUCUCUAUCGGCUGGAUGUGUUGUAGGUGAUGCUAGCAUAUCCAAGCCACCGGACAAGGAUGGUGGCGUCCCUGCCUGUGCUGACGCCCCAGGAAACAGGGGAGACCGGAUAGGAGGCUGUGCUGACGGCCGUCUACCCGACGACGGUCGUUCGGCCGGACUCGGGUCGCCAUUGCUAGAAGGCGCAGAAGUCUUUCGAAGCCUUGUCGGGUAGCUUUGCAAUCCAAGGAAAUCUCCACUGAACGUUCUUUGUGGCGCUGACAAUAGGGGAGACUCGGGGCGGCUCGUGAUCCGGAAGGCAUUGGUUGGGACUUCUUCCAACCAGCUUCGUCGUUCUUGCUCUGCUCGCUCGCUUUUUUCUUCUUUCCAAGAUGCCCGCUGUCGCUC